ACCUCCACUCUGAAAGCAGUCUUCACAGAAACUUUUCACAGAAGUCAAACAGUUAAAGCAAAUUCUAGAUACAUGGUAGAGACCAGGAAAAAAUGAAUAAUUUUCUUCUAAACAAGGAGCUCAGCGGAUAAACCAUACCUCUAGAUUCCUUGCUUCAAUUUUCCCAGAAACAAGAUGAGGAAGAGAAAGAUCAGUGUGUGUCAACAAACUUGGGCCUUAUUAUGCAAGAACUUUCUUAAAAAAUGGAGAACGAAAAGAGAGUCCUUAACGGAAUGGCUGAACUCAUUGCUCCUACUACUUUGUUUGUAUAUAUAUCCUCAUAGUCAUCAAGUAAAUGAUUUUUCUUCACUGCUUACCAUGGACCUGGGACGGGUAGAUACAUUUAAUGAAUCCAGAUUUUCUGUUGCUUACACACCUGUCAACAACACAACCCAACAGAUAAUGAAUAAAGUAGCCUCUACUCCCUUCCUGGCAGGUAAAGAGGUCUUGGGACUGCCAGAUGAGGAAAGUAUUAAAGAAUUCACAGCAAAUUAUCCUGAAGAAAUAGUAAGAGUCACCUUUACUAAUACAUACUCAUAUCAUUUGAAGUUCUUGCUAGGACAUGGAAUGCCAGCAAAGAAGGAACAUAAGGACCAUACAGCUCAUUGUUAUGAAACAAAUGAAGAUGUUUACUGUGAAGUUUCAGUAUUCUGGAAGGAAGGUUUUGUGGCUCUUCAAGCUGCCAUUAAUGCCGCUAUUAUAGAAAUCACAACAAAUCACUCAGUGUUGGAGGAGCUGAUGUCAGUUACUGGAAAAAAUAUGAAGAUGCAUUCCUUCAUUGGUCAAUCAGGAGUUAUAACUGAUUUGUACCUUUUUUCCUGCAUUAUUUCAUUUUCCUCAUUCAUUUACUAUGCAUCUGUUAAUGUCACAAGAGAGAGGAAAAGGAUGAAGGGCUUAAUGACAAUGAUGGGUCUUCGAGAUUCAGCAUUCUGGCUCUCCUGGGGUUUGCUCUAUGCUGGUUUCAUCUUCAUUAUGGCCUUUUUCUUGGCACUUGUUAUAAAAUCUACCCAGUUUAUCAUUUUGUCUGGCUUCAUGGUAGUCUUCAGCCUCUUACUCUUGUAUGGAUUGUCUUUGGUAGCUUUGGCUUUCUUAAUGAGCAUCUUGGUAAAGAAAUCUUUCCUCACCGGCCUGGUCGUGUUCCUCCUCACUGUCUUUUGGGGGUGCCUGGGGUUCACAACACUGUACAGACACCUUCCUGCAUCCUUGGAGUGGAUUUUAAGCUUGCUUAGUCCCUUUGCCUUCGUGCUUGGAAUGGCCCAGCUUUUACACUUGGACUAUGAUUUGAAUUCUAAUGCAUUUCCUCAUCCAUCGGAUGGCUCAAAUCUCAUUGUAGCAACAAACUUCAUGUUGGCGUUUGAUACUUGCCUCUAUCUGGCAUUGGCGAUUUACUUUGAAAAAAUUUUGCCAAAUGAAUAUGGAUAUCGACGUCCACCUUUGUUUUUCCUGAAGUCCUCAUUUUGGUCUCAAACACAAAAGACUGAUCACGUGGCCCUUGAAGAUGAAAUGGAUGCCGAUCCUUCAUCUCAUGACUCUUUUGAACCAGUGCCUCCAGAUUUCCAAGGGAAAGAAGCCAUCAGAAUCAGAAAUGUUACAAAAGAAUAUAAAGGAAAGCCUGAUAAAAUAGAAGCCUUGAAAGAUCUGGUAUUUGACAUUUACGAAGGCCAAAUCACUGCAAUACUUGGUCACAGUGGAGCUGGAAAGUCAACACUGCUAAACAUUCUUAGUGGAUUGUCUGUUCCCACCAAAGGUUCAGUCACCAUCUAUAACAAUAAGCUUUCAGAAGUGGCUGACCUAGAAAAUCUCAGCAAGCUGACUGGAGUUUGUCCACAAUCCAAUGUGCAAUUUGACUUCCUCACUGUAAGAGAAAACCUCGGACUCUUUGCUAAGAUAAAAGGGAUUCUGCCACAAGAAGUGGAUAAAGAGAUACAAAGAGUUUUGCUGGAAUUGGAAAUGAAAAAUAUUCAGGAUGUUCUUGCUCAAAACUUAAGUGGUGGACAGAAAAGGAAGCUAACCUUUGGGAUUGCCAUUUUAGGAGAUCCUCAGAUUUUCCUGUUGGAUGAACCAACUGCUGGAUUGGAUCCCUUUUCAAGACACCAAGUAUGGAACCUUCUGAAAGACCGCAAAACAGACCGCGUGAUCCUCUUCAGUACCCAGUUCAUGGAUGAGGCUGACAUCCUGGCGGACAGGAAAGUAUUUCUCUCCCAAGGGAAGCUAAAGUGUGCAGGCUCUUCUUUGUUUCUAAAGAAGAAAUGGGGGAUUGGAUAUCACUUAAGCUUGCAGUUAAAUGAAAUAUGUGCUGAAGAAAACAUAACAUCACUUGUUAAACAGCACAUCCCUGAUGCCAAAUUAUCAGCCAAAAGCAAAGGAAAACUUGUUUAUACAUUACCCUUAGAAAGAACAAAUAAAUUUCCAGAACUUUACAAGGAUCUUGAUAGCUAUCCUGACCUAGGAAUUGAGAAUUAUGGUGUUUCCAUGACAACUUUGAAUGAAGUAUUCCUGAAGCUAGAAGGAAAAUCUACAAUUAAUGAAUCGGACAUUGCUAUUUUGGGAGAAGUACAAGUGGAAAAAGCGGACGACACUGAAAGGCUUGUUGAGAUGGAACAAGUCCUCUCUUCACUUAACAAGAUGAGAAAGACAAUAGGUGAUGUGGCUCUCUGGCGACAGCAAAUCUGCGCAAUUGCAAGGGUUCGCUUGUUAAAGUUAAAGCAUGAAAGAAAAGCCCUUUUAGCACUGCUACUAAUUCUAAUGGCUGGAUUUUGCCCUCUUCUUGUGGAGUAUGCCAUGGUGAAAAUAUAUCAAAACAGUUACACCUGGGAACUUUCUCCUCAUUUGUAUUUCCUUGCUCCUGGACAACAACCACAUGACCCUCUCACUCAAUUACUGAUCAUCAAUAAAACAGGGGCAAGCAUUGAUGACUUUAUACAUUCUGUGGAGCACCAGAACAUAGCUUUAGAAGUGGAUGCAUUUGGAACUAGAAAUGGCACAGAUGACCCAUCUUAUAAUGGAGCCAUCACAGUGUGUGGUAACGAAAAGAAUUACAGCUUUUCGUUAGCAUGCAAUGCCAAAAGAUUGAAUUGCUUCCCAGUUCUUAUGGAUAUUGUUAGUAAUGGGCUACUUGGAAUGGUUAAACCAUCAGUACAUAUCCGAACUGAAAGAAGUACAUUUUUGGAGAAUGGACAGGACAAUCCGAUCGGAUUCCUGGCAUAUAUCAUGUUCUGGCUGGUUUUAACAUCGAGUUGCCCACCUUACAUUGCCAUGAGCAGCAUCGAUGAUUAUAAGAAUAGAGCUCGGUCCCAGCUACGGAUUUCCGGACUCUCCCCUUCUGCUUACUGGUUUGGGCAGGCGCUGGUGGAUGUUUCCCUGUACUUCUUGGUCUUCGUUUUUAUAUAUUUAAUGAGCUACAUUUCAAAUUUCGAAGACAUGCUACUUACAAUAAUUCAUAUUAUUCAAAUCCCAUGUGCUGUUGGUUAUUCCUUUUCCCUCAUCUUCAUGACAUACGUGAUUUCCUUCAUCUUUCGCAAGGGGAGAAAAAAUAGUGGCAUUUGGUCAUUUUGUUUCUAUGUUAUCACUGUAUUCUCUGUGGCUGAAUUUGCGUUCAAUAUCUUUGAAAGUGAUAUUCCAUUUAUCUUCACUUUUUUAAUACCACCUGCCACAAUGAUUGGCUGUUUGUUCUUAUCUUCUCAUCUUCUCUUUUCUUCUCUCUUUUCUGAAGAACGAAUGGAUGUACAGCCAUUUCUGGUAUUCCUAAUUCCUUUCCUUCAUUUUAUCAUUUUUCUUUUUACUCUUCGAUGUCUGGAAUGGAAGUUUGGAAAGCAAUCAAUGAGAAAGGAUCCUUUCUUUAGAAUUUCUCCAAGAAGUAGUGAUGUGUGUCAAAAUCCAGAAGAACCAGAAGGAGAAGAUGAAGAUGUUCAGAUGGAAAGAGUGAGAACAGCAAAUGCUUUGAAUUCUACUAAUUUUGAUGAGAAGCCAGUCAUCACUGCCAGCUGUCUACGCAAGGAGUAUGCAGGGAAGAGGAAAGGCUGUUUUUCCAAGAGGAAGAAUAAGAUAGCCCUGAGAAAUGUCUCCUUCUGUGUUAGAAAAGGUGAAGUGUUAGGAUUAUUAGGACACAAUGGAGCUGGUAAAAGCACAUCCAUUAAGGUGAUAACUGGAGACACAAAACCAACUGCUGGACAGGUGCUACUGAAAGGGAGCGGUGGAGGAGGGGAUGCCCUAGAGUUCCUGGGGUACUGCCCUCAGGAGAAUGCGCUGUGGCCCAACCUGACAGUGAGGCAGCACCUGGAGGUCUACGCCGCUGUGAAAGGGCUGAGGAAAGGGGAUGCCGAGGUUGCCAUCACACGGUUAGUGGAUGCGCUCAAGCUGCAGGACCAGCUGAAGUCUCCGGUGAAGACCUUGUCAGAGGGAAUAAAGCGAAAGCUGUGCUUUGUCCUGAGCAUCCUGGGGAACCCAUCAGUGGUGCUUCUGGAUGAGCCUUCGACCGGGAUGGACCCCGAGGGGCAGCAGCAAAUGUGGCAGGCCAUCCGGGCCACCUUUAGAAACACGGAAAGGGGCGCCCUCCUGACCACCCACUACAUGGCAGAGGCUGAGGCCGUGUGUGACCGAGUGGCCAUCAUGGUGUCCGGAAGGUUGAGAUGUAUUGGUUCCAUCCAACACCUGAAAAGCAAAUUUGGCAAAGAUUACCUGCUGGAGAUGAAGGUGAAGAACCUGGCACAAGUGGAGCCCCUCCAUGCAGAGAUCCUGAGGCUUUUCCCCCAGGCUGCUCGGCAGGAAAGGUACUCCUCUCUGAUGGUUUAUAAGUUGCCAGUGGAAGAUGUGCAACCUUUAGCCCAAGCUUUCUUCAAAUUAGAGAAGGUUAAACAGAGCUUUGACCUAGAGGAGUACAGCCUCUCACAGUCUACCCUGGAGCAGGUUUUCCUGGAGCUCUCCAAGGAGCAGGAGCUGGGCGAUUUUGAGGAGGAUUUUGAUCCUUCGGUGAAGUGGAAGCUCCUCCCCCAGGAAGAGCCUUAAAACCCCAAAUUCUGUGUUCCUGUUUAAACACGUGGUGUUUUUGUAAUACAUUUAUUUUUAUAGCAUCAAUGUUCUAUUUUUAGAAAAUAUAUUAUAAGUACAGAAAUGGUUCUUCGUGUGGUGGGAGGAGGAGGUGCGGGUGCUGGGUGAGUGCCAUGUCAGUGUGGACAGAGGCAUUUGACUAAGCCAACCUCCUCUCACAGCCUCUGUAUCUCUGCAGGCCACCCUGGUUCCAUUGUUCCAUAUAAUACCGAAUAAAUAAAUUUACCUUUAUAUGAUCGUAUAAGUUUCUACAUAUGAUAAACAAAUUUUGUUUAAAAUUUUAAAAUAAAAAUCCUAAAACACUUUUUUUCUAACCUAGACUGAGAAAUUCAUAUGUUUACUCUUCUGGGUGUUUGAUACUUUGUAAAGUUGAUAUUUUCCUAAGAAUUUAACAUGUCAUAUUUUUGAAAUAGAUUUAAGUGUGUUUCUUAUUGCUAAAAAUACUAAAUGUCAUGGGCCAUAGUAUCUGAUAUCAAUAUAGUUGAUAACCUACCCACAGGUAACACCAUGAUGUAGGCAUAAAUGGAAAACCAAAACCCUACUAUUUCAAAUAUAUUGUACUUUUUUAUUUCUGUAAGCCAGCUGUGUGCCAUUUUCAUUGGACUUUUAAAUCUAGACUUUAGUGAUGUCUACAUUGUAAAUGAUCUUUUGUAGAUAUUUGUCACUUGGUUUCAGAAAGUUCACAAAUGUAGCAACAGGUCACAUGACUGAGUAGGUAGAAAAUGAGAAAUAAAUCUCAUAUAUGUAGUUUUGAAGUAUGUUUUCUAUUUCAUGUGUCUUUUUCUUAACUCAGUGGCCUCCUACUUAUAAAUUCCAUUAAAAAUAUUUUCUUUUUUAUUAUUAUUAUACUUUAAGUUUUAAGGUACUUGUGCACAAUGUGCAGGUUUCUUACAUAUGUAUCCAUGUGCCAUGUUGGUGUGCUGCACCCAUUAACUCAUCAUUUAGCAUUAGGUAUAUCUCCUUAUAUAAGCAUAAUUACUGGACUUUAAGACCAUCAUAAUAGGAUUUUCUGCUAAACUAAUAUUUAGGCCAAUGUUUGUGAUAUUAGCCUAAUUAUUAUCCUUGUUUACCAAGUAUAAUAAUGGAACACCAACUCCACAUACUUCCUGGUACUGCACUCCUUCAUGUUUACAACCAUAAAACCAGACAGUUAACAUAGAAAAGAAUACUCAUAUUUCUGUUUGCUUGGGCUUAAGUUUGCCUAUCUAAUUCAACUUUGAUGUUAUACAGAAAUAUGCUGGGAUUUGGAAUCCCAAGAAAUAUGUCUUAUGUUUUAGAUAUGCAUUUGGAGUAAAUCCUACAACCCUGUCAAGCCUUAGUGUACCCCAUUGCUGCUACUUGGGGUGGAUUUCACAGGAAUUAAAUGGUUCUCAUUUUUAGAUAUGCAAAUCUGUGUUCAAAGAGGGCAAGUAAUUUAACCAAGAUCACUCAACUGGUAAUUAGCCCAUCCAGCAUUCAACAACGUCUCAUACCAAAGCCCAUGUUUUUCCCACUACCUCAAGCUGACUCAAGCACUUAUUCGUAACUUAAUUCAGAAGGCAGUGGACAUAGAAAACCCAGAAGCUUCUUGAUGUGCUUACAAUUUAAUCAGAAGUGAAAUUACACAUACUUGAUAGAAAGCAAAAAGAAAACGAUAAUCAAAUGUUACAUGGCAUGCUAUCAACAAAGGUGCUGUCUACAAAACUUAAGAAGAUCCAUUUUGAACUAAGGCUAUCUAAUGAAUAUUUUUAUGAGUGAAAAGGAAUUUAACCUUCAUUUUAAAGACAACAUUGAAUUCAUAAGGGGAAAAAAGAACAACAACAUUCUAAGUAAGAAAAACUGAAGAGCAUCAAUAUAUAGGGUAAUUCACCAUUGAUAGUUAGGAUUGCUUACUCUAGUUGUAUUACUAAGCUAAACAAGAAGACAUGGUUUUUAUCUUAGUGGAGUUUUCAUCCAGACUGUGAAAAAAUGUUGAAAUUAAUAUUAUAAUUGCAUGUAUUUCUUGAGCAAAGAAGUUUAUUCCUUUGUUGAGUCAUUCCUGGAAAAGGCACAUAAUUAAAUACUUAAUGUAACAACAAUAUAUUUUGGCUAACAGUCUCUCUCAAAUAAGUGAGUGACUCUGGAGAUCCUUAGACUAAAAAAAAAAUUUAUCUGUGCUUUGUGUGCUGCCCCCCCACGUAUAGAUUCAAAUUGCUGUCUUGAACGCACAUGAAAAAUCAAUGAUCACAUUUAUUCUCCAUAGUCUUCGUAAUAUUGGUUCUCAAAAUAUAGUUCGUGUGCCAAUAUCAUCGCCAUAUGUGGGAACUUGCUAAAAAUGCAAAAUCCAGAGGUUCACACAGAAUUACUGAAUUAGUAACUCUGGAGAUGGGACCCAGCAAUUGUGUUUAACAAGCCCUCCAGGUAAUGCUGAUGCAUGCUAAAUUUGAGAACCACUAGAUUAUAGCCCAUGGCUCCUUUUGUGAAUAUCAAGUAAAAAUGCAAUAUUCUAUAAUCAAUACGACCUUCUUAAAAUUGUUAAGAAUAAGAAUGACUAUUCUUAUUGAUGGCAAAGUACAUUGAGAGAAAAGAGUAAUGGCUACUCAGUAUCAUUAAAAAUAUCUAUAAAGCAAUUAUUGAAAAUGGAAGCUAUGUAUGUAUGCAUUAUGUGCUAAAUAAAAGGUGAUGAUAUUUUUGUAGAAAUAAAUUGUAGCCAUUUAUUCCUUCCAUUUUUAACAUUCAGAAGAGUUCAUCAUUGGGUUUUAGGGGAUGAGUAUUUUUAUUAUAGUGUAAUAUAUAUACAAUAAAAGUCAGCAAUUUUAAAUGUAUAAUUUGAGGAGUUUUGACAAAAACACAGAUAUAUAUAUUUCUGACAAAUAUAUGCAUUUAACAAAUAUAUGCAUUUGUCAAAACUCAUCAAAUUGUGUCUGUGUGUGUGUGUAUAUACAUAUACAUAUAUAUAUAAUUUAUAUAUAUAUAUAUAUAUAUCAUCCAAUGCCUCAAUUGUGGUAUACAACUUUGCCAUUUGCAACAAAAGUUCUCUCCUACUCUUUGCUGACAAUUCCCUCCUCUCACCAUUGUUUGCAUUAUUUAAUUUGUAUGUAAAUAGACAUCACUAGGCAUCUCAGAGUGCAAAUACUGGGUGUUAACUAUGCGUAUCUAUAUAGAUUCACUUUUUAAAAUGUGUGUUUCGCUGUUGUUGUUUUAGUGUUCUGCAAAUGUCAAUUGGGAUAAAGUCAUUGACAGUGUCAUUAGACUUUCUAUGUUUCUUUUUAGAUCUGAUUAUUCUGUCAGCUAUUUAGAGAGUGUGUUAAAGUCUCCACGUUUGUGGAUUUAUCUGCUUAUCCUUAUUCUUCUGUCAUAGAUUUUGUUUCACAUAUUUUCACGAUGUUAUUAGGCAAAUAUACAUUUAAAAUUGUUAUAUCUUUCUAAUGCACAGACCCUUUUAUCAUUUGUAGUGUCCCUCCUUAUCUUGAAGUCUAUUUUUAAUAUUAACAUAGUUACUGCAGCUUUCUCCUGGCUGUCUUGUUCAUGGUAUAUCUUUUUCCAUGUGUUUACCUUUAGUCUAUUUGUGUCUUUGUAGUUCAAAUGUAUCUCUUGUACACAGCAUAUACUUAGUUCUUGCUGUUAUAUCAAGUAUGAGGCUUUAUCUUCUGAUCGAAUGUUAAGUUCAUUUACAUUUAAUGUAGUUAUUGAUAGGAUUGUAUCAUUUAAUAUUUGUGUCUCUUUUUUCAGAUAUUGUAGUUAUUACUAUUGCCUUGUUUUUUUCCUAUCUUGCCUUUUACUGGAAUUCAAUUUUAAUUCUUCUAUUGGCUUUCUAGCAGCUUCCCUUCGCAUUCAUUUUAGUGGUUGCUCUGGGAGUUACAACACAUAUUAAAUUUAUGUUAAUCCAUAUAGAGUUGAUACUGACUUUCUUCUUGCAUAAUAAAGAACCUCUGCAAUAGUAUAUUUCAAUUUAUUCCCACCCUUGCACCACAUUUUGUUACAUAUCUCAACUAUGUACAUUAUAAAAACCAUCAAUAUAAUGUUAUAUGUUUUGCUUUAAAAAGCCAUAUUAUAUCAACAAAAUUAAGAAAACGAAGAAAAUAUAUGCAUCAUUUAUUUUAUUUGCUUAUAUUUUUACAAUGCCUGGUGUUCUUUGUUUCUCCCUAAAGAAGUGAAAUACUGUCUAGUCUCAUUUACCUUCAGAUGAAAUAAUGUCCUUUAAGUUUUUGUUUUGUUUUAUAGCAGAUCUAUUGGCAAUAAAUUAUUAUUUCAGUUUCCA